AUGACGACUACAGUUGGAUCGAAGCAGAUAGAAAUGCGGAAACGCAGCGAGACAAGUGCAAUGUGGAUUGGAUUGGUGAGAGGGGUUGUCGGUCCGCUCAUAAGGAUGAGAAUGGCCAGUAUGCGAACUAGUAUGGCGGCUGGUAUAGACCCUGAACCACAAUUAGAUCGAAGGAGAAGAAAAAAUAGUUUCUCUGAUGAUGAUGCUGCACAGAUUCAGAAUUUCCAAGACCAGAACAUCCGAUUUGAAGAACACAUUAAUCUUCAUCAUCUUGAGACAUUAAUGCAAAAGUUUGCUGAACACAGACCAAAAAAUGACAUGUCAGGACAAGUGGGCAGACAUGAUCACAGAAUUGCUGGUAAGGCUGAGAAACGAGAACCUGGCAACAUGACGCUAGAAGAAUUUAAAGAGACCAUUGCUAGUAUGCUUGGUACUGAUGCCUGGGAUGAUCAGAUGGAAUCUCUCUUUGCUAAGCAAGAAUGUACCAUCAGAAUACUGGCAACUGACAAUCCAAUACGAUAUGUAAACUUAAGCAAGGAAGGAAUGUUAGGUGUUUUUGAUGUUGGUCUUCACCUUGAACGUCACUAUGAAGUCAAGACAGAUAACGAUGAUCCUAGGGGGUCAAAACGUCGUUUCAAAACCUGGUACACAGAUGCUGUAUACAUGGCUAAUGUGAACAAGCUGGCAUUGUCAUCCACCAGUAGAGAUAUCAGAUUCUGGGAUGUCUCAACAAAUUUGUAUUUUGAAGAAUUUCAGAUAUUUGCUUUAACAGAUGUGCCUACAUGUUUGGACUACUGGUACGAUAAAAAGAGUCCUAGCAGCAAGUCAUUGUUAGUGUUUGGUGAUGACAUGGGAAGCAUUCAUUUAUUUUAUUUUUCAAAACCACAGAAUAGUUUAUUUGCACAACAAUUUACAAAUGCUGAGGGAGUUAAAAAGAUUUGGAUGCAGGAUCUACCUCACCAUAGCCGGUUCCUUCGCCAUGUCGUUCUUAGUAAUGUACAUACUGAAAUGUUAAGAAAAGUCAAGUAUUUACCAGACAAUGACUUUAUAUUAUCAUCCAGUGGAAGCAGUACAACCUCUUUAGUUAUGCUAGAUGUGCAGGGUAAGAAGAAAACAUACACAUUUAAAAUGAGUAAGGGUGUGGAGUGUUUUGAUUACAAUAAACAUCUGAAUAUCAUAGCUACGGGUAAUGUUGAUCAUUACGUACGACUCUGGAAUCCUUAUGUGACCGAGAAACCAGUUGCUAUAUUACGAGGUCACCAGAUGGCAGUGGCUGACAUUGUCAUUCAUGAGGAACUUGAGAUGGUGUACAGUUAUUGCAAAGAUGCUAUUGUAAAAGUAUGGGAUAUCAAGGAACACACGUGUUUGCAGACUGUCACUAUUAAAUUCCCCUGCAUUCAGAAUGCAAGGAUGCCAGAGUUUGGACCGUUCUCUUUACAUUUACAACCCAUGCCAGUAAACAGUCUUAUUGUCUGCUGUGGCGAUUACAUCUCUAGUCUGAAAAUGGGUAAAGCAGAACCAAAGAAAACAAAACAAGCCACAACACAUGCUACUCAACUAUGCUGCGCUUUGUACAAUUCACAUUUUAAGCAGGUUGUAACAGGGGCUGAUGAUUCCUCCAUAGCUGUAUGA